GUUUAUGCGGUUUGUUUUGUUUUGGAUUGGUUUCAGUCUGUGGAACUGCAACAAGUGACACAAAAAUCGAGCAGUAAAUGAAAGAAGUGAUGAAAUUUCUGUUUGUUUCUUGAGAAACUAAGCUAAAAACGUACUUGUGCUCGAAGGCAGACAGAAGACCAGCAAAAUAUAAAAGAUUUUUUUUAAUGUGAUUUAUAUUGCUGAGAAAUUGAGAGAGAAUAAUUAGAGAGAAAACCAUUUUCAAGCAUUUGUUAAAGAUGAAAAGUCCUAAAGCCACAAAUAGAAAAAGUUGGAUGUAGUUUCAUGUGACUGAAAUUGUAAGUUAGUUGGCAAGCCAUAAAAGUUUCAGAGAGAAGGCUUGGAGAGGCUUUCUGAGGUUCUUUACUACUUGAAAUACUUUGACAAAUUUUUGGUGAAGAAGGGGAAAAAAUGGAGGCUCUGAACCAGAAGUCUCUUGAAAGAGUUGUAUCACAGAGAGCUCUGCAAAUGGGGAGUUCAUUUCCGUGUCAAAUUUGUGUUGUGGGUUUUCUCUGUGGAGUCUGCCUCGCCUCUUUGUUUCUUGCUACUCUGUCUUCAUUUGGUAGUUUUGAGUUUGGUGGAAUUUCAUUUUCUUCCAUUUCAAUGGGAGCUCCACCUGGGAAUUCAAGUUCAGAAAUUAUCAAUGAUGUUACAAGUACAGACUGCAAAUUUAAAUUGAAGGAAACAGAAAGACGGGUUGAUUCACGUCGAAAUGAAAGAGAAGCUGAGGAUGAGAGAGUGUCCUUAUUGUAUUCAGCUUGGGGUGCUUUACUUACUGAAUCAGUAAUUGAAGAAAGAGAGUUUUCAAAAAGGUUUGGACUAGAAAGAUCCAGUGUGCCCAAUGCUCCUCAUUUUGAGGACUGCAAGUUGAGUGCACGAGUUAAUACACGUCUUGAUGCCCGUUCUGAGAAUGGGGACUUCCCGCCUUGGACAAGUUGGAAGGGACUACUGGACACGUAUCCCGCAUCUGCAGCAAACGAACAAAUUAAACAUUUUAGGCAUCGAGCCAUUUCGGAAGGUGCUAAUCCUCCUUGGAUUACAGGGUCAGAUGAGGAAAAUUAUCCCCUUACUAGGAAAGUGCAACGUGACCUAUGGGUCCAUCAGCAUCCAUCAAACUGCAGUGAUCCUAAUGUAAGAUUUCUUGUAGCUGACUGGGAAAGAUUGCCCGGGUUUGGUAUCGGGGCACAGAUUGCUGGAAUGUGUGGGCUUCUUGCUAUUGCAAUCACUGAAAAAAGGGUCCUUGUCACUAGUUAUUUUAAUCGCGCUGAUCAUGAUGGUUGUAAAGGUUCAUCUAGAUCAAGUUGGUCUUGUUACUUCUUUCCUGAGACCUCGCAAGAAUGUCGAAACCGUGCAUUUCAGCUUAUGGGCAGUAAAGAGGCAUGGGAAAAAGGAAUCAUAACAACAAAAGACAAUUAUAGUUCAAAGGCAAUAUGGGCUGGAAGGACUCCUAGGGUAUGGGGUGAACCUUGGAGUUAUUUGCAGCCAACAACAGAAAUAAAUGGCAGUCUAAUUGCAUAUCAUCGCAAAAUGGAUCGAAGAUGGUGGAGAGCACAGGCGGUACGCUACUUAAUGAGAUUUCACAGUGAUUACAUGUGUGGUUUGAUGAAUGACGCCCGCCACGCUGCAUUUGGAAAGGAAGCUGCAAAAAUGGUUCUUGCAAGUCUUCCCAGAGAAUGGCCAAAUGUUGAAGUUACAAGCAACUCAAGAUCAGAUAUUGAAGAGUUUGUAUGGUCAAGUCACAAACCAUGGAUCCCAAGGCCAUUGCUAAGUAUGCAUGUAAGAAUGGGGGACAAGGCAUGUGAAAUGAAGGUGGUCGAAUUCAAAGAGUAUGUGCAUCUUGCUGGUCGUGUUAGAAAGCAGUUUCCACAUCUGAACAGCAUUUGGCUCUCUACUGAAAUGCAGAAAGUUGUUGAUAAAACAAAACAAUAUCCCCAUUGGAACUUCUACUACACAAAUGUGACGCGUCAAGUGGGAAAUAUUACAAUGGCAAAAUAUGAAGCUAGUCUUGGUAGAAAAACCAGCACAAACUAUCCGCUUGUAAAUUUCUUGAUGGCAACUGAAGCUGACUUCUUUAUUGGAGCUUUGGGUUCGACAUGGUGCUUUCUUAUCGAUGGCAUGAGGAAUACCGGUGGAAAAGUAAUGGCCGGAUACUUGAGUGUCAAUAAGGACCGAUUCUGGUAGAAAUGAAGUGAAACACGAAGUUGUAUAGCUAUGUACAUUAGAACAAUAGUAAAAAAAUCUUUUGAAAAACAAGUCAGACGUCUUCAAGACUGCGUAACUUGUAAGGAAAGAACUCUUAUAACUUCCUUCCAUUGGAGGCGAAGUAUCUGAAAAUCCUUGGUCAAAAGCUUUAUGAUAACAGUACAGUACUGAGAAGUGAGGAGGUUACUUGGCAUCUCAAAGCUGAAUCAUCAUCUAUUCUUCAGAUGAAGUACUAUGGGCUGAAUUCCGGCAUAAAUAUGCGGCUUGGAAGCCAAUGCUCCAAUAGUAUGGGAAAUAAUCAAACUGUAUGUGGGUAGGUAUUCAUUUCUUGUCUAAUGUUUGUAUUGUACAUAUAAUCUAAUGUACAUGUAGUUGAAACAUAAACAUAUAUAUGUGUAUCUAAAAUUACCAUAUCCAAUUUUGUAUCUCCUGAAUACCCUUGCCGGCUAAGACUCA